UUUAAUGGUAAAAUGGACAGGCAAAACGACCCUCAAUUAUUACUAGUGGUGCUUGAUACUCCUUUAUUGAUUAGCUAUAAAGUGAAUUGUAAAGUCCUUCUUACAAACACUAUUUAUUCCUUAUAUGGAGGCGCUGCUUCUCCAGCAAUGGCUAUAUCAUCUGGAAGACUUACCAAUGCUGCUUGA